CUUGCAUACCUUCCAUUACACCACUUCCUCACAUCACUACCCCUUUUAUCUAUUGUUUUAUCAAUUCUCAUUCAAUCAAAUCUCUCUUUCUUGUUCCUCUUCUUCUUCACCAUCAUUACUCGAAUUCAUGGGGGACAACAAUGUCAACCUCCCACCUGGAUUCCGAUUCUGCCCCACGGAUGAAGAGCUUCUCGUCCAUUUCCUCCAACGCAAAGCCUCUCUUCUACCUUACCAUCCUGAUAUCAUCCCUGAUCUUGAUCUCUAUCCCUAUGAUCCUUGGGACUUGGAAGGUAAAGCUUUGGGAGAAGGUAGCAAGUGGUAUUUCUACAGCAGGAGGACUCAGAACAGAAUCACAAGCAAUGGGUACUGGAAUCCAUUGGGAGGGGAUGAAAGUAUUUACAGUAGUAGCACUAGCAAAAAAGUGGGCACCAAGAAAUAUUAUGCAUUUUAUAUAGGUGCAUCUUCUGAAGGUGUCAAAACCAACUGGAUCAUGCAGGAAUAUAAGCUUUCGGACGCGGCUGCCUCGAGCAGCCGAUCCUCAUCAUCUAAACGAAAGUCAUCCAAGACAGAUCAUACUAAAUGGGUAGUGUGUCGAGUCUACGAGCAUGAUUACGACGAAGACGAAGAUGGUGGCACCGAGCUUUCGUGCUUGGACGAAGUAUUUCUGUCAUUAGACGAUGAAUUCGAUGAAAUUAGUUUGCCGAAUUAGAUCCUUAAUUAAUGAAUACUCUCUGUUUUAGGAUUUGAAACGGGGUUACAAUAGAAGUAUUGUACACCUCUUCCCGUAAUGUGUAAACUUUGGAAUAUUAUUGCUGUUAAUUAUUUGUAUAAUGUGUUGAUCGAGCUAUCUCAACUGUAUUCCAUAUAACACGUCCUUGAUUUUUUA